AUGAUCUCAAAUUUCUCCUCGCAGGUAACAACUGCUGGCCUAGUAACAGGUUUCGUAGAGGUGGUCCUGUCCUAUCCGGCCCUCUCCUGUGUUUCACUUGUAGCCUUCCUGGCUGCCUUCCUCUGGUACGACAGAGACUCCCACAAGGUUGACGGUUUCAAUCAGAAGCAUGUGUUCAUCACAGGCUGUGACAGCGGCUUUGGGAACCUUCUGGCCAGACAGCUGGAUAGAAAAGGCUUCCACGUCAUAGCCGCGUGUCUCUCAGAGAAAGGUGCAGCAGAUCUGGCUGCAGCCGCCUCCCCCAGGCUGAAGACCCUCCUGCUGGACGUUACAGACAGUGCGAGCGUGGGCAGGGCGGUGGAGUCGGUGAGCAGGGAGGUCGGGGAGCGAGGUCUGUGGGGGCUGGUGAAUAAUGCAGGCAGGUCAGUGCCCGUCGGCCCUGCAGAGUGGAUGCAAUUAGAAGAUUUCACAAAAGUUUUGGAUGUCAAUCUGACAGGAGUCAUUGAUGUGACCCUCCAGUUUCUGCCGCUCCUGAAGCAAGCUCAGGGCAGAGUGGUGAACGUGGCCAGUAUCGUGGGCAGACUGUCCCUGAUCGGUGGAGGAUACUGUCUGUCCAAAUGGGGAGUGGAGGCCUUCUCCGACAGCCUCAGGAGAGACAUGCGGCACUUUGGGAUCAAAGUGAGCAUCAUUGAACCCGGUUUCUUCAAGACAAAUGUGACCAAUGUGGAGGUGAUUAACUCUGACCUGAAGAGGCUGUGGACCCGCCUCCCUCAACAAGUUAAAGACUCAUAUGGAGCGACAUACUUUAAUGACUAUGUGAAAGCUCAGGACUUCUCUAUGGGCAUCUUGUGCAGUUCGGAUAUCUCUAAGGUGACCUGGUGCAUGGAGCACGCGCUGACGGCUCAGUUCCCGCGCACACGUUAUUCAGCAGGCUGGGACGCUAAACUUUUCUGGAUCCCUCUGUCCUACCUGCCUUCGUUCGUAGCAGACUUUGUAAUCAGCGUGCUUCUCCCUUCCUGUAAAAAUGAGAGAAACAUCUGAGCAGCGACAUCUUGUGAAACAGUUAGUGUGAUUGUGUUGUUGUCCCCGUCAGCAGUGGAUAAGUGUAAGAACAUGAACUGAACAAUAACGUACAAAUGAAGCACCAAGACUGUGUUACAAAAUAGGAAAUUUAUUCAUUCAUGUCUCAGCAGCGGAAAUUUAAUCCAUAUGGGCAUCAUGCUCUGGAUGAUCACAGAUAACAGCUUUUAUUUGUCCUCAUUAUGAUACAAAAUAAAUCAAAUCUGUUAAGAAUUCAUUCACCUUGUUUAUAAAAUGCCUUAACCCUCAGGUCGUGUGUUGUUCUUCAUAAUCAUCACCUACAUAUCCAUGCAACGGGCACAGGCACCUUCAAGUUCCGAUCUAUUCUUGCCAUUACUUCCUCCAAUAUCAUCACUAAAGAAAAUGAUCAUGUUGAUUCAAAGUCACACAGCUGGGAAACAUACAGGAGAGAUGAUUAGGUACAAUCAUUAUGCUUUGUGCACAUAUUGUAGCUCAUGCUUCUGUUUAUAAUGGAGCAGAUAUUGUUGAAAAAUUAAUGGCGUGUGUUUACAUUUCUUUUUGUUCGGCUUUAAUUUGUGAGCCCUGAAAUGAGGUAUAUAAACAUACAAGAUGAAUACAUCUUCAGUUUUGUUCAGUGGCAAAAAAAAAAA